CUGAAUUUCACGUCGCUUUGAAUUUGGGUGAUGAAGAGCCAUCUUGCGCGCGGGAGCGACAUGAAGUUCGUCGCGAACGACGUUGCGGCAAUGCGUCAAACUCGAAUCGAUUCGCGACUAAAUUCGUAAUCUAACCUCGCAUCGGGGACCGGUGUACGGAAUGAUGUUUCGUUAUCUUUACCGUCUCGCGAGAUCGCGCGCGAUUUCCACCGAUGGGGAUGCAAAUAAUUCGCGUCUCGCAACUUUACGUUCGCGAAAAUACGAAAGAAGCGCUCUACGCUAGUGUCUUUUUUUUACGCAUCGAUGUAUUAACCUUAUUAUCGCGUGGCACGCGAGUUAUGACGUAAAUCUACUGCGGACGGCCGGGAGUCCAAUAUAACAUGAGUAAACUUAGAUUAGGGUCAGAUUAUAUCCCCUUAACGACGGAGGAGGACAUGUCGAAGAUUCGCGUCGUCGUACCGUUUUCCAAAGUGGCAUGGCUCACCGUGUCACUGCCGUUCCUGGCGUUCGUCUUCUGUGUCAUCUACUCGAUCCUGUAUAAUUUCGAGCACUCUACUUCCACCCAUUGUCAGGUAUACAAUUUUUUACCGUCUGUCUCGGCGGCUAUUGGUCAUUAUAGACCUCAAAGAGAUGUCUGGAAAACUGCCAUAGCAUUGCAGGCUGUAGGGAGAACCUUAGUGUUUAUGCUGUACUAUCGUUACUAUAGAGAACAUGUUUACAUAUGGGCACGAUACUUGAGCAAUAUUGCGCUUGUUAUGUACGCCAUUGAAAAUACAUCUCUUGUGACAUUGAGCUUUUGGACUUCCAAUGAGAAUUAUACAUUCCAUAAAAUGUCUUUUAUAAUGUUUUUGAUAACAUCUUUUAUACACAUGUUCGUGGCGUAUUAUAUUAUGAGGAAUUGCUUGAAUAUUGCAAAAGACUUCCACGAUACUUCUUUAAAAUGGAAACAAAGGUCACUGAUGUUGAAUGUAUUAUCUAUAUUAAUAGCCUGUUACUUCUUUUAUAGGCAUAAUAAAUAUUGUGAACCUUUAGUAUAUUCUAUGUUUGCUUUGAGCGAAUAUGGAGUUGUAAUCUCAAAUAUGGGAUAUCACUUAACUGCAGCAUUGGAUUUUGCUACAACACAUAUUAUGAUAUCGGAGAAAAGACUCAGAAUUAUCUAAAAUCUUUUAAUUUGAUUGAGAUUCCUUCUCUAGCGAAUGCGAGGACAGCGUUAGGACCUAGCCAAAUAUCGCCCGAUAUUCUAGGUGUAAAGUGCACGCCUAGAAAUGGGAAUCUGGGGUCGGGUACCGGAUACACGUUGGUCGUGCAGAGAUGCCGCUUGUUAUCAUUUAGAAGAAGAUAUUCGCCGCGAAAUGGUACUAUUCUAGGACUUUGAUCGCAGCCCGUCAUUAUCGCCAGACGAUCCGAAUGCAAACCAGCACACGUCAGUACAUAUUUCGUUGGUAUGCACUUUAAGAGAAAAAUCGUCAAAGUGUUAGGUAUAAUGCGAUGGUACAAUGUAAAAAUGUAUCAUUAAAGCUUACUCGAUUUUUCGAUUGGACAGAGA